CACGACAAACACCGGCUUCUCCGCCAAACUUCUCAUCGUUCUGAACUCGGACAUCAUCAAGAUGAAGGCUAGUCUUGCGCUGCUUUUGGCGCCCUUGGUGUCGGCGGCACCCGCCCUUGACUCCCGCCAGGCUGCCCAGAGCGUCGACAAGCUGUUCAAGGCCAAGGGCAAGGCGUACUUCGGCACCUGCACCGACCAGGGAAGGCUCCAGGCCGGAAAGAACGCGGCCAUCAUCGAGGCCAACUUUGGCCAGGUGACGCCCGAGAACAGCAUGAAGUGGGAGAGCUUGCAGAGAACCCGCGGCCAGUACACCUGGAGCCAGGCAGACUACCUCGUCAACUGGGCCACGGAGCGCAACAAGACCAUCCGCGGCCACACCUUUGUCUGGCACUCACAGCUCGCCGGCUGGGUGAGCAAUGUCCGAGACAGGACCCAGCUGACACAGGUCAUUCAAGACCACAUCACCACCGUCAUGACACGGUACAAGGGCAAGAUCCACGCUUGGGACGUCAUCAACGAGAUGUUCAACGAGGACGGCAGCCUCCGCUCGAGCGUCUUCUCGCAGGUGCUCGGCGAGGACUUUGUGGGCAUCGCCUUCCGGGCGGCGCGUGCGGCCGACCCGAGCGCCAAGCUCUUCAUCAACGACUACAACCUCGACAGCCCGAACGCGGCCAAGGUGACGCGCGGCAUGGUCGACCACGUCAAGAAGUGGCUGGCCGCCGGCAUUCCCAUUGACGGCAUCGGUACGCAGGGCCAUCUGCAGUCGGGCCAGGGCAACGGACUUGCGCAGGCCAUCAAGACGCUUGCCGCUGCUGGCGUCGCCGAGGUCGCCGUCACGGAGCUCGACAUCCAGAACAACAACCAAAACGACUACGUCGCCGUCACCCGUGGCUGCCUCGAGGAGCCCAAGUGUGUUGGCAUCACCGUCUGGGGUGUCCGUGACAAUGACUCGUGGAGGCCCCAAGGCAACCCUCUUCUGUUCGACAGCAACUACAACCCCAAGGCCGCGUACAACGCCAUUGUCCAACUUCUGUCGCAGUAGAUGAUGUUUGGAUUGAGGGCUUGGUUGCGGGAAAAUGCUUGUUGAUGGCUGCUUCAGUUGUCGCCACCAUGGACCAAGGUCACCCAAGGUCAAAACUCAAAGAAGGGGUUCUAGAACAGGUUCCAAUCACAACCGCGCCUCCUGUAAGAUUAGCGUCACUAAGAGCCCCGUAACAAUAAAUGGUGUCUUGCCUGUUGAUCUGACAUAAGCUGUCACGCACCGGUGCGGCUUGUGUGCUUAAGGAAGGUUAUGAUUGUUGAUUCGACCUGGAUUUGGAUAAGACCACGAAUCGCAGAUGCAGAUUU